CAACGUGACUCAAUGGCACUUCCGUUGGGCACUGCCCUAAAGAGCUCAUCUCCACAGCGGCCUGAAACCAAACCCACAGUAUCUCUGAGACGGAGUCUCGCUCUGUGGCGCAGGUUGGAGUGAAAUGGAGCGAUAUCGGCUCAUUGCAACCUCUGCUUCCCGAAUUCAAGCGAUUCUCCUGUCUUAGCGUCCUGAAUAGCUGGGGAUUACAGGCGCCCACCACCAUGCCCGCCUAAUUUUUGUAUUUUUAGUAGAGACGGGGUUUCACCAUGGCCAGGCUGGUCUCAAACUCCUGACCUCAGGUGAUCAACCCACCUUGGCCUCCCAAAGUGCUUGGAUUAUAGGUGUGAGCCACCGCGCCCGGCCCCCUCUUGCUGUUUUUCUAAGAAGAAAAGCAGUUUAUCAUCCAUUUAAACAUGAGUGGGAGGAAGCACACAGAGCUCCCUGAGCAAGACAGAGAGAGCUAUGCGGUUCCUGAGUGCAGCGUGCUGCGGCUGGGCUGGGGCGGAGAGGGAGAGCCGGUCCUAGCUUCUCGCCCUUUCUUGUCUCCCAGUGUCAUCUUGUCUUUCCACGUCAUCUUGUCUCUCCGCGUCAUCUUGUCUCCCCACGUCAUCGUGUCUCCUAUUGUCCAGUAGGGCGGAGGGGGAGGCCCAGAGGCAGGAUGAAAAACCACAGUCUGAGAGCUUGUAGAGAGUGCCCGAGAGGCCUGGAAGAGACUUGUGACCUGCUUUCACAACUGCAGAGCCUCCUGGGGCCACACCUUCACAAAGGUGACUUUGGUCAGCUCUCCGGUCCAGACCCCCCAGGUGAGGUGGGCAAAAGAGCACCUGAUGGAGCCUCCCGGUCUUCUCAUGAGCCUAUGGAAGAUGCUGCUCCCAUUCUCUCCCCGUUAGCUUCCCCGGAUCCUCGAGCCAAGCAUCCUCAGGAUCUGGCCUCCACCCCAUCACCAGGCCCAAUGACCACCUCAGUCUCCUCCCUAAGUGCCUCCCAGCCACCAGAACCUUCCCUUCCCCUAGAACGCCCCUCACCCGAGCCACCUGCACUUUUCCCUCACCCACCACACACCCCUGAUCCUUUGGCCUGCUCUCCGCCUCCUCCAAAAGGCUUCACUGCUCCUCCCCUGCGGGACUCCACACUCAUAACUCCAUCUCACUGUGACUCAGUGGCACUUCCACCGGGCACCGUCCCUCAAAGCUUGUCUACACAUGAGGAUUUGGUGGCUUCUGUCCCAGCCGUCUCAGGCCUUGGCAGCUCAAACAGUCAUGUUUCUGCCUCCUCCUGGUGGCAGGAGACUACCAGAACCUGGUGCGCCCUCAACUCGUCAGUCCAGCAAGAUCAUCUUUCGCGCCACCUACCAGAGACCUGUCAGAUGAAAGCUGGUAACCCGUUUUUGCUCAGCUCUGAUGGCCAGAAUGUCGUGGGGAUACAAGUCACAGAAACAACCAAGGUCAACAUUUGGGAAGAAAAAGAAAAUGAUGGAUCAUUUACAAACCAAAUGACCCCAGAAAAGCACUUAAAUUCUUUGGGGAAUUUGGUUAAAUCUUUGGGUGCUGAGCAGGACACCACAACCCCAAAACCCUUCUGGAACAUGGGAGAGAACUCGAAACAGCUGCCCGGACCUCAGAAGCUCUCAGAUCCUAGGCUCUUGCAGGAAAGUUUUCAGAAGAAUUAUAGCCAGCUUUUCUGGGGCCUCCCCUCUCUGCACAGCGAGUCCCUGGUGGCUAAUGCCUGGGUAACUGACAUGUCUUAUACUUUACAGUCUCCUCCUUUCUUGUUCAAUGAAAUGUCCAAUGUCUGCCCAAUUCAAAGGCAGACUACAAUGUCCCGACUGCUUUUCCAGGCCCAGCCCCUGUCCCAUCUGGGGCCCAAGUCCCAACCCUUUAUUUCAUCCACACCCCAAUUCCAGCCCACACCUGUGGCUCAGGCCGAUGGUCAGGCCCAUCUUCAAUCCUCUUUCCCAGUCCUAUCUCCUGCUUUUCCAUCCCCGAUUAGGAACACUGGAAUAGCUUGCCCUGCAUUGCAGAAUAAAGUGCAAGCUCUCUCACUACCUGAAACUCAGCACCCUGAAUGGCCUUUGUUGAGGAAACAACUAGAAGAUAGGUUGGCUUUACCCUCUAGGGUCCAAAAAUCUCAGGACGUCUUUAGUGUCUCCACUCCUAACCUUCCCCAGGAAAGCUUGACAUCCAUUCUGCCUGAGAACUUUCCAAUCAGUCCUGAACUCCGAAGACAACUGGAGCAACACAUAAAAAAGUGGAUCAUCCAACAUGAGGGCAACCUGGGAAGGAUCCAAGAGUCUCUGGAUCUGAUGCAGCUUCGGGACGAAUCACCAGGGACAAGUCAGGCCAAGGGCAAACCCAGGCCCUGGCAGUCCUCCAGGUCCACAGGUGAAAGCAGCAAGGAGGCACAGAAGGUGAAGUUCCAGCUAGAGAGGGACCUGUGCCCACAUCUGGGGCAAGUUCUGGGUGAGACCCCACAAAAUCUAUCCAGGGGCAUGGAAAGCUUCCCAGGGAAGGUUCUGGGGGUGACUUCUGAGGAGUCGGAAAGGAACUUGAGGAAGCCCUUGAGGAGCAACUUGGGAAGUGACUUAUUAAGAUGCACAGAGAAGACUCAUAUAGAAAACAUUCUGAAAGCCCACAUGGACAGGAAGUUGGGCCAGACCAACGAGGGCUUGAUCCCCGUAAGUGUGCGUCGAUCCUGGCUUGCUGUUGACCAGGCUUUUCCCGUGUCCGACACCCACGUGAAAACCAGCAAUCUAGCAGCCCCGAAAAGUGGGAAAGCCUGUGUGAACACGGCCAAGGUGCUUUCCUUCCUCGAACCGUGUACUCAGCAGGUGCUGGGAGCCCAUAUUGUGAGGUUUUGGGCCAAACACAGGUGGGGUCUACCCCUCAGGGUCCUCAAGCCCAUUCAGUGCUUUAAACUGGAAAAGGUUUCAUCCUUGUCCCUAACACAGCUUGCCGGUCCCUCCUCAGCCACCUGUGAAUCUGGGGCUGGCUCAGAAGUUGAGGUGGCCACAUUCCUUAGAAAGCCACCAAUGGCAAGUCUGAGAAAGCAGGUGCUGACCGAAGCAUCUGUUCACAUGCCAGAGAGUCUUCUGGCCUCCUCACCUGCAUGUAAGCAGUUCCAGAGGGCCCCGCGAGGAAUCCCAUCUUGGAAUGAUCAUGGGCCCUUGAAGGCUCCUCCAGCUGGACAGGAGGGCAGGAGGCCAUCUAAGCCCCUCACAUACAGCUUCACAGGCAGCACACAGCAGAGCAGGAGCUUAGGAGCCCAAUCUUCAAAGCCUGGAGAGACAAGGGAGGCAGUGCCACAAUGCAGAGUCCCCUUGGAAACCUGUAUGCUGGCAAACCUCCAAGCCACAAGUGAGGAUGUGCAUGGUUUCGAGGCUCCAGGGACCAGCAAAAGCUCUCUACCCCCUAGAGUGUCUGUCUCCCAAGAUCCAAGAAAGCUGCGUCUUAUGGAGGAGGUUGUUAGUGAAUUUGAGCCUGGAAUGGCCACAAAGUCAAAGACCCAGCCUCAAGUUUGUGCCGCUGUUGCGCUCCUUCCAGAUGGGCAAGCAUCUGUUGUGCCUCAUGCUUCAGAGAAUUUGGCUUCUCAAGUGCCCCAGGGCCAUCUCCAGAGCAUGCCUACUGGGAACAUGCGGGCAUCCCAGGAGCUACGUGACCUCAUGGCAGCCAGAAGGAGCAAUCUGGGGCACAAGGAGCCCAGGAACCCAAACUGUCAAGGCUCAUGCAAGAGCCAAAGGCCAAUGUUUCCCCCUACUCGCAAGAGUGAGAACUCUAGGAAGCCCAACUUAGAAAAACAUGAAGAAAGGCUUGAAGGAUUGAGGACUCCUCAACUUACCCCAGUCAGGAAAAAAGAAGACACCCAUCAGGAUGAAGGCGUCCAGCUACUGCCAUCAAAAAGCCACUUUGGAGAAAACAUCAAGCAAUUUUUUCAGUGGAUUUUUUCAAAGAAAACAAGCAAGCCGGCACCAGUCACUGCUGAGAGCCAAAAAACAGUAAAAAACAGUUCAUGUGUGUACAGCAGCAGUGCUGAAGCUCAGGGUCUCAUGACAGCAGUUGGACAAAUGCUGGAGGAGAAAAUGUCACUUUGCCAUGCGCGCCAUGCCUCGAAGGUAAAUCAGCACAAACAGGAGUUUCAAGCCCCAGUCUGUGGGUUUCCCUGCAACCACAGGCACCUUUUCUACUCAGAACACAGCAGAAUACUGAGCUAUGCAGCCAGCAGUCAACAAGCCCCUCUCAAGAGCCAGGGUUGUCCCAACAGAGGCAGGCAAAUCAGAGAUCAACAGCUGAAAAGUGUCCGGUGCAACAAUGAGCAAUGGGGCCUGCGACAUCCCCAACUCUUGCACCCCAAGAAAGCUGUAUCCCCAGUCAGUCCCCCUAAGCACUGGCCGAAGACAUCCGGUGCCUCUAGCCACCAUCACCACUGUCCAAGGCACUGUCUUCUUUGGGAAGGUAUCUGAUUUGGUCAGUCACAAAUUCUUUUUUAGCCUUCCCUGGAGAAAAACAAGUCCCCAAGAAAAAAUUCACUCUAUGUAGAGAAAAAAUAUUUUCUCUCAUGUUAGUACAUGCAGAACAUUUAAUAUUCCACAAUAUAUAUGGUUUUUU